AUGAACACUACUCUUCACAUUGUGUCCAAGAUUGGAGAUGUGAAUUAUGUAAAAGAUAUUCUUGAAAAGCAGCCUUCCCUAAUAUCAUGUCACAAUUCGGAAGGGGAGACACCUGUUUAUGUUGCUGCAAGGGAAGGACAUUUUGAUGUUCUUCAAAUCAUGUUCGAUCAUUUAAAAAGAAAUAAGGAGAACAUUGAAUCACUUCUCAUAAGGCCUGAGGACAAACACAAUGCACUGCAUAUUGCCAUACAAAAUCAUCAUGCGCCUGUAGUCUUUUUCUUACUAAAAGAAGUUCCUCAACUUGCAAAUCACGAAAAUGUUUUGAAAGAAAGCCCACUUUACCUUGCCGCUGAAAGAGGAUAUUUUGAAAUUGUGAAACUAAUCUUGAAUAAGAGUAAAGGCAAAAGUUUUACGGGACCAAAUGGCAAAACAGCAUUACAUGCGGCGGCAAUUUCAAACUCGGCAGAAUGUGUCAAGUAUUUGCUUCAUGGAAGGCUUGAUCUACUAAUUCAAAAAGAUGAGAACAAUUGGACGCCUUUGCGCUAUGCUGUUCAUUAUAACAGUUUGUUAGCAAUGAAAGAACUGCUGCAUGUAAACCACUCUAUUGGGUAUGAGUUAGUGACUCAAGGUGAUACAAUCAUUUCACUUCUUCAUAUUGCAGCUAGUCGAGGUCAUUGUGAAACAAUGAAGGUCCUUAUGAGCAUAUGUCCAGGAAGCUCAGAUUUAACUGAUACAAAAGGAAGAAACAUUCUUCAUGUUGCAAUUGAAAGCAAUCAAAAUGAAGUAAUUGAAUUAAAUAUUUCAAGAUGA